CGCCUCGGGCUAAAACAGCCCCCUGGACCAGCCCGGAUGGAUGCCAUCCUGAACUGCAGGGCGGAGGACUUGGAAGAUUACUACAACUUGCUCGGAUGCGACGAGCUGUCCACGGUUGAACAAAUUCUUGCAGAAUUUAAGAUUAAAGCCCUUGAAUGUCAUCCUGACAAACAUCCUGGAAACCCCAAAGCAGUGGAGAAUUUCCAGAAGCUGCAGCAAGCCAAGGAGGUUCUUACUAACGCAGAGAGUCGUGCGCGUUACGAUUACUGGCGCCGGAGCAAAAUUACCAUCCCGUUCCAGCAGUGGGAGGCCCUGAGCAGUUCUGUGAAAACGUCAAUGCACUGGGCCGUCCAAAGUAAAAAGGACCAAAUGUUGGAAGCUCCCGACUUGAGUAACAGCAACAACAUAACUGAGGUUUGGACCCAACAGACCGAAAACAAUGAAGACGGAUUAUCAGAUGGGAACAGGGAGCAAGAUGAUGUUGCAAUUCCCGAUGUGAAAGCACAGUCUUCAAAGAAUCCAGACUCCCCAAGAUUUUCAGAGGCAAAUUACUGGCACUUGCGUUUCCGCUGGUCAGGGGAUGCUCCAUCAGAUCUUCUGAGGAAAUUCAGAAACUAUGAGAUCUAAAAUGCAAAAUACGUAAGAGCGUGAGAUCAUCUGCUCCACAGUUCAGUAUUUUUUUUUUUUUGGCAGCAGUGAUGAGUUAUUUGUAUUUUGUAUUCGUUCAGUGUGAUGGGAGCGUUGUUCGAAU